AUGAAGGUUCAUAAUGCCAUCAAUGGCCUGAUCUUGCCUCUGCUAUGGCGUGCAGCGGCUCAGGGAACGGAUUACUCGCAAUACGUAAACCCAUUGAUUGGAGGUUCCGGGCCGUUUGAUGGUCUUGCUUUUGGCGGCGGCGACAUUUUUGUGGGCGGCGCCCUCCCAUUUGGCGUUGUCAAGUUGGGGAUAGAUACGUAUGAGCAAAACAUCAGCUACUCGACCAUCAAUGGCGGGUGGACACCCGAGGGCACCGUGACGGGCCUCUCCAUGAUGCAUGAGAGCGGUACUGGAGGCGCACCAAAAUACGGCGUCAUCAGCCAGAUGCCACUCACAACCAUAGACGAACCAGUCAACAUCCUGGACAACCGGACGUAUUGGCAGAAUCGAACCGGGGAAGAUACGGCCCGCGUGGGAUACUACAAGACACAAUUCGAGAGUGGCGUCACCGUGGAGCUGUCGGCGUCCCGGCAUUCGGGCAUAUUGCAGUACACCUUUCCCGCAGGCGAGAAGCACGUCUUAGUCGAUGUGUCGCACUACCUCCCUAGCGAGCACGGCGGGUAUAGCGUGCAGGUCUUCCUUGGGGGAGAGAUUGAGGUGGACGGAAACACUUAUACCGGGCACGGUACUUAUGGUGGUGGUUGGAACGAAGGUGCACCGUUUACUGUGUUUUUCUGUGGCGAGUUCGAGUCCACGCCAGACCAGGCACGAACUUUCCGUGGAAGGAAUACAGAUCCAAUGCAGAGGUAUCACACCUUUAGUAACGAGCCUCCGGGACAAGCAAUCUUCAGCUCCAACGACACAAACAAAGAGACAUCGGGGCCACUGAAUGAUCGGGUUGGCGCCGUCUUCAGUUGGGAUUCAGAGGCAGACUCUCAGGUCAAAUCACGAAUCGGCAUUUCAUUCAUCUCGGUUGAGAAGGCUUGUCAAUUCAAAGAUAACGAGAUUCCGUCAUGGAAUCUGAAUGAUACUGUCGACGCUGCAGUAAAGGAGUGGAAUGAAGACGUAUUCAGUCGGAUCCAAGUUCCGACAGACGAUUCAGCAAACACGACGAACCUGAUCCUCCUCUACUCCUCUCUCUACUUCAUGCACCUAAUGCCCUCGGAUCGGACAGGUGAGAACCCGCUCUGGGACUCUGGCGAACCGUCUUGGGAUGACUUUUAUACUCUGUGGGAUACCUUUCGAUGCACUGUGAGCCUGUACCACCUCAUCCAACCAGAGGCGUAUGAGAGUCAGAUCCGCUCCCUCAUCGACAUUUGGCGCUACGAAGGUUACAUGCCCGAUGGGCGGUCAGGCAAUUGGAAUGGUCUCGUACAAGGCGGCAGCAACGCCGACAACGUGCUGGCCGACGCCUACGUCAAGGGCCUGCGCGGCGACAUUAACUGGACAGCGGGAUACCUCGCCAUGCAAAAAGAUGCCGAAGUGACGCCGUACAAUACGUACAGCUACGACGAUCCCAGCGCGAGCGUCAAGGAGGGUCGUGGCGCACUUGAUGACUGGAAGAAUUUGGGUUAUGUCUCGGUCGACCACAAUACGCGCUGUAUUUCAAGAUCGGUCGAGUACUCGCUCAAUGAUUACGCUUUGAGCGUUGUUGCUGCUGGGGAGGGUGCUCCAGGGGAUGUCGAAAAGUAUCUAAACCGCUCGGCGGGAUGGCAGCGGACCUGGAACCCGGACGUUACGAGCCAUGGCUUCAGUGGCUUCUUGACGCCCCGGUUCUCGGAUGGGAGUUUCAAUACCACGGGCUACAAUCCGGCUCUCUGCGAUGGGUGCGAGUGGGUGGCCAUUUCCUAUGAGGCAACGCCAUGGGAAUACUCCUUCACUGUUCCGCACGAUGUUCAGACUCUCAUUGAGAAGAUGGGAGGGGCAACCGACUUUGAGAGCAGGUUGGACUAUAUUUUCCAACCCAACACUAGCGAGCAAGAUCUGUCAGCCAAUGGGGCUGGUAUCACCACGAUCAUGAAUAUCGGAAACGAGCCAGAUUUUGCGACGCCGUACUUGUAUAACUACCUGAACAAGCAGUACAAGUCGGUGAACCAGUCGCGUGCGCUCGCAAACCAGUACUUCCACAACGACCUGUACGGCGUUCCGGGCAACAGCGACGCCGGCGCCCUCAACUCGUGGCUCAUCUGGCAGAUGCUGGGCCUUUACCCAAUCGUGACCCAGCCCGUCUACCUGCUCGAGUCGCCGUGGUUUACCGACAUUAACAUGACCAUUAAUGGCAACGAGACGCUGCGGAUCACCACCAGUGGCGGGAAUGCCCAGACAUUGGGCCAGACUGGGUUUUACGUGCAGUCGGUCAAGAUCAACGGGCAGGAAUGGGAUCGCAACUGGUUCAACCACGAAGAUGUCAUGGUUGGCGGCGGGACCAUUGAGUUUGUCGUCGGCGACGAGCCGGUAGUGUGGGAGACGGGCGAUGUUCCGCCAAGCCCGGGACAUUUUGUGAUCUAG